AAAAUACAAAUUCCAGAUGUUAAAAAUCUUAACAGAUGAACAAAGCAUAAUCCUCAGUAUUAUCGUAAGCUAUGACGGCAAGUUCACAUAUUUACAACAAGAUGAAACAGCAUAUGUUAAACAAACAGCCGGCAACUAUUGACCAUUUUCAGCCGGCCAAACAUAUUUUCUUGUUGUCUUGACUUUUUAUUCACCUUUAAACUCUGGCCAUUGGGCAUUCACAGCUUUUGCUUGUUGUAAACAACACCUCAUCUUUGUAAAUUCAGCCAACUGUUUUUGUAUCAUAUAAGCUAACCAAAUCAAGCGAUAUAACUUCCAUUUUCCAACAUUAUUGUCCCUUUUCACUCGUUUGCACAAUGCCGGUUAACCCGACCAAAGCGGCAUAAACUGUACUCAAAUUACUAGCUGGGUUUUUAACUUCUUAUAAUGGGUUGGAUUCAAUCCUUUGUUGUGGUUUCUUUUGUCUUUGUUCUUCUUUUGCCGGUAGGAAAGAGUGAAGCCGAGGAUGUGAUUGAAGCGUUGGUCGAAUUCAUGAAAAAACUUGUGCCUGGAAGCAUGCAGAACAUACCAAACUGGGGAUGGAACGCUACUUCUGAUCCUUGCCUGAAUAACUGGCAUGGGGUUACUUGUGACACAGGCAACAAAACCGUGAAGAACAUUGUUCUCGAGCAGCUUAAUUUGUCAGGAACCGUUGAUUUUGAAUCCGUUUGUAAAGAAACUAAUCUUCUUUUAUUGAGCCUGAAGUACAACAAUCUUUCAGGAAGCUUACCACAAGAAAUAUCAAACUGCAAACAACUUAAGCUCUUGUAUUUAAACGGGAAUAAAUUUUCGGGCAAUCUUCCUGAUUCUCUACAUGAUUUGACCAAUUUGGUAAGGAUCGAUAUAUCCAACAACGAGCUUAGUGGUAACUUGCCAGAUAUGUCAAGAAACACGGGCUUGUCAACCUUUUUGGCGCAGAACAACCGUUUCACUGGAGAGCUACCGAACUUCAAUUAUCGGCUACUUGAAGACUUUGAUGUCUCGAAUAAUGAUUUGACCGGUCAAAUUCCUGACGAUACUGGUAAGUUUGGCGCAAGAAGCUUUGCGGGUAACCCUCGUUUAUGUGGGAAAGUGUUGCCGAAUGCAUGUCCGGUGGGAAAGAAAAAGAAAAAGCGCUCGCAUGAUUUUCUUAUUUAUUCCGGUUAUGCAGUUCUUGCCUUGAUUGUUCUUGUUUUGGUUGCUAUUUUAUUCCUCAAGAAAAAAGCGAAACAUGAAGAUAAUGAGUUCAGUUCCGAUAGCUACACGAAGAAAGGAUUUAAAAGUACAAAAGAUAGCAGUUUUUCGAGUGAGUCAAAGACGGGUCACACCAGGUCAGAAUUCUCGAUAACUUCAGCUGAAAACGGUGGGGUUUCGGCUUCGCUUGUUGUUCUUUCGAGCCCAGUGGAAGCGGUUAAUGGGAUGAGAUUUGAAGACCUGCUUAGAGCUCCGGCCGAAUUGAUUGGAAGAGGAAAACAUGGAAGUCUUUAUAAAGUCCUUCCAAGUGGCGGCGGGGUUCCACUUGUCGUUAAAAGGAUUAAAGAUUGGGAGAUUUCAAGAGUUGAAUUUAAGAAAAGAAUGCAAAGAAUUGAUCAAGUGAAACACCCUAAAGUGUUACCACUAGUUGCUUAUUAUUGUUCUAAGCAAGAAAAGCUUCUAGUUUAUGAGUUCCAGCAGAAUGGUAGUCUCUCUAAGCUUCUCCAUGGAUCACAAAAUGGACAAAUUUUCGACUGGGGGAGUAGACUGAACAUAGCAAGCAACAUGGCAGAAGCACUAGCGUUCAUGCACAAAGAGCUUAAAGAUGACGGAAUAGCUCAUGGAAACAUAAAAUCAUCAAACAUUCUUCUUACAAAGGACAUGGAUUCUUGCGUGAGUGAAUACGGCUUAAUGGUGGUAGACAAUGGGUCACAGAAUAGCAACGCGUUCAAUGUUGAUGUGUAUGGAUUUGGUGUGGUUCUACUUGAGUUGGUGACUGGGAAGGCGGUUCAGAGCAACGGGGUCGAUCUGGCUAAGUGGGUUAACUCAGUGGUGAAGGAAGAAUGGACCGGUGAAGUGUUUGAUAAGGCUCUGGUGGUUGAAGGUGCGAAUGAAGAACGAAUGGUGGCUUUGUUGCAGAUAGCUCUUAAGUGCAUUAAUGAUUCACCUGGUAUGGAUCAAGUGGCUACAAUGAUAGCUUCUUUGAAGGAAGAAGAGGAAAGAUCAAUGGCUUCUUCUGGUCCAUGAUUCAAAAGCUGAAAUUACUAGAAUCUUGAGGUAUGAUGACUUUAAGUGAUCAAGAUUGAUGUUAAUUUACGUAGUAUCUAUCAUAUACAUAUAUGUAACAAUGGCACAUUGGUUAUUUUUAUUAUUUGUAUUAAAGAAUAAGGGCAUGGAUGUGCACAUUAGUUUCUUGAAUAUUGACCAAAUUCAUUUCAAUUU